ACCUUCCUCCCCCCCCCUUGGCCAGCAUUAUGACAUUAACUCCUGCACAUGAUGGUUGUUUGUCGUCUGAUAUAAAAAUCAUAUCAAGUGAAUUUCAGUGUUGACUUUGAAGCCUGGUUUAAACUAAUAGUUUCCUUAACCAGUAUAUAUCAGAAGCUUGAUGUUGACAAAUCUUCACACCUUGCAGUCAUUUCUCUCAUUGUUGGAGCAGAGAAAAUCUCACUACUCUCAAGAAUACAAUACAUAAAAAUACGGAACAAUGUUUGGACAACAGCGUGCCCCAUUUGGUAACACCGCCUCCACCUUUGGUACAGGGUUUGGAACACCCAACACCACAAGCACUGCAACUGGAUUUGGAGCAAAUACUUUUGGGCGUCCCGCUUUUGGCAACCCGCAACAGACAACAAGCUUUGGGACAACAAGUACUCCUUUUGGUGGUGCCACAUCAUCAGGUACAUCACUGUUUGGCACCCAGCCACAACAAACUGGGGGAGGGUUGUUUGGACAGCAGCAGCCCCAGCAAACUUCAACAAGUUUUAGUCAACCAAGUACUGGUUUUGGCACGAGUGGUGGAGGACUUUUUGGUCAAGCCCAACAGCCUACUGCUACAGCUGUUCACCCGGCAGGUCUUUUUGGUAGUAGUGCAACCGGUGGCUUUGGGGCGCAGCAGUCAACACAGAGUCGACCCUUUGGUUUUGGUCAGACAACUACCAGUAGUACAAGUACUGCUGGAGGCCUCUUUGGUUCUACACAGCCAGCAGCUGGUGGAGGACUCUUCAGUACCCCAGGUUUUGGUGCAACAAGCGGUGUUUCUGGCACUACUAUCAAGUAUGAACCUGUAACUGGAAAUGAUACCAUGACAAGAAAUAAUGUUUCCACAAAUAUACGUACACGCAUUGAAGUCAUCUCAACCAUGAAGGAAUAUGAAAACAAAUCCCUCGAAGAACUUCGUGUUGAAGAUUACCUUGCCAAUCGGAAAGGUCCUAGCCAGGGGACCACCUUGUCUGGUUUUGGUCAGACACCACAGCAGGGAGCACAGCCACAAUUGGGAAGUACAGGUCUCUUUGGAUCCUCCACCAGCACAUCACUGUUUGGAACCACUAAGCCUCCAGAGAAUAAGUCACUCUUUGGUAGUGGAACUACAGCUGGUUUUGGUGCUCCUGCAAGUGGAGGUCUCUUUGGAACAAACACCAGUUCACAGGGAUUUGGGCAAACCAGCACAGCACCCAAUACAAGCUUCUCUUUUAGUCAAAACACACAACAACAGCCAAAGAGUACUGGGUUUAACUUUGGUAAUACAGCCACCACAACUCCAUCUCUGUUUGGCUCUACACCACAGCAACAGCAGCCUUCAGGAUUUGGUCUUGGCGGAUUUCAAUUGGGUCAAAACACCCAGCAACAGAAUACAGGUGGUCUUUUUGGCAAUCAGAACAAACCUGGAGGAUUCUUGUCCAAUCAGAACACAGGAGGCGGUCUCUUUGGCAGUAAACCAGCAGGCAUAACUCAACCUCUGGUCACUGGGUUUGGCACAUCAACUGUCACCCCAUUUGGCACAGCCCCAAACACAAGCACAGGAGGGGGACUUUUUGGGGCUCAGAACCCUCAGAAUAAGCCUGGAAUAUUUUCUGCAUUUGGUAACAAUGCAGGUUUUGGGAACACUGGAGGGCUCUUUGGUCAGAACAACAAUCAGCAAAAGCCUGGUGGCAGUCUUAACUUUGGUCAGUUUGGCAGCACUAAUACCUUUGGACAGAACAUUGGUACCAACCCAGGAGGUGGACUGUUCAACCCAAGUGGGACAAAUACUAGCAUGGGGAUUGUUGGGACUGGUCUUCUGAACAACAACACAGGAUUUGGAAUGCCCCAGAUGAAUACUAUUGGUGGGGUAGGUGGAGGUGCCUCCCCUGAUCUUGGCAAAUUGGUGAAGGCCUUAACAGUGAAACCAAUCUUUGACAUCCUCUUGGGAAGCAAGACUUCCCCAGCUACAGACAAAUCCAGCAAUACAUCAACCAGUGAGCAACUUGGGUCUAAGUUAACCAGCUCCAAUUCAAAGCCUACAUAUGUCUUAUCACCUUCACUUGUGGCAAACAACAAACCGCGGCCCAAGCCCAUCAAUAAGACCAACAACCAAGGGAAUAAUCGCCAUUGGCUGUUCAAAGGUUUGGAAGAUUCCAGUGAAGAAACUUCAGAAGAUUUCUUGAAACCCAAGAAGUAUCCUAGUGUGAGGAAGCUUAAUUUAAAGGUGUUUAAGGGAGUCAAGUCUGAUAGUGCCUCCUUAGGCAGGCCAACAGCAAGAGUGAAUUCCAUAGGUGACCCUGAUGCUCUUUCCCCUCUUACCACUCCUGUUAGUCCUCUAGGUGAGAGUACCCCACUGCAUAACAGUGGUCCAUCUUCACCUGAUGAUUACACCACACCAGACAUCAUUAAGGGUCGAAUCAAGGUGAAAAGACUUAAUCUGGCAGAGAAAAAUGGGCCAAUGAAUGAUACAUUGACAGACCUAAAUGUUAAUCAUUUGAAGGUUACGGAACCUGCAGACGAGCAGGCUGAGGGAGAUGAUGUUGGAGAUCAAGACAAAACUGACCCAGACACAGAGGCCAACAAGGAAAAUAAUGUGUCCCUCUUUAAUUCUGUUGAAGAAGAUCUUCCUGAAAUGAUCAACAGGUCCUCUGAUAAACCGCAUCCUGCUGGAGUUAAGUUGUAUCGCUCUGGUUACUACACACUUCCCUCCUUGGAAGAUCUAGGGGAAAUGGUGGAUUCAGAUGGAAGAUGCCUUGUGGAAAACUUCACUGUCGGCAGAUAUGGAUAUGGCAACGUUUGCUUCCUAGGUGUUACAGAUAUAGCUGGUCUGGACUUGGAUGGAAUUGUGUUCAUCUUGAGGAAGCAGAUUGAGGUAUAUCCAGAAGGCACCCAAAAGCCUGCUCAGGGCCAGGAACUCAACAAACCAGCAGUUAUAACUCUAGAUUGUGUGUGGCCAAUUGACAAAACAACAAGAGAGGUGAUAAAGUCUGCUGAGCGUCUCCAAGGUAUGGCAUGGGCAGAUUACCUAGAGCGUCAGUGUGUCAAGAUGGAGGCCAGCUUUAUAGAAUAUCGCCCAGAAACUGGAUCAUGGGUCUUCAAGGUGAAGCAUUUCUCCAAAUAUGGUCUACAAGAAGACAACGAAGAGGAGGAUAUGGUCACUGUUCCUCCAAAGACUAACCAGACUCAGCCACCCACAACACAGAAUACAGCCAUGGGCGGUGCUACCACAGCUCAACUCCCAGCCCUGCCCAUGCGCAUUACAGGUCCUCCAGUGACUACGCUAACAUCACCACAGUUUGGCCUGGGCCACAUGACAGCCCCACCAAGCCUUGCUACUAAGCAGGUGUCUCAGCCAAGGUACUUGGACAGUCCUCAUCAAGAUGUUCUGGUGCCAGAUGAUGAACUAAUGGAGUCCACUGUAGCAAAAGAACCUGAGGAAAGUGCCUCCUUGAGUGUUCUGUCUCCAAGCUCAGAGCGACUCACUGUGUUGUCCCGGGUAGUACCCAGGACAGUGCAGCUGGCCAAAUCCCAGAUGUUUGGUGGUGGUGAUGAUGAUGAGGAACCUCUCCACACAACCAGGGAGUCCACACCCACACCACAAGUACCCAGAAUGUCCAACAAGAAGUUGAUGUUGGCAGUAGACUCAUCACUGAAUCAGAGCCGAGGAGCGACAAUGAGUCCAGUGCCAAGUGAACCCAAAGCUCGCAUUGUGUUUCAACCACAGCCACUCUCUCUAGCAUCUCCCCCAAAAGCCAAUGUACAAAGUGAAUCCUGUUUUGAACCUCAUCUUCGUGAUCCCCGUUGUGAGUAUGAGGUGCUGCCAAGUGGUCGUGACAUUGGCAAAGAGGUGGGGCAUGUCCCACCACAACACCAGACUACCAUUGUCCCCUUAGCCUCUUCCCUUAUGGCUGGUCAAGAUCAUUGUUUGUCAGACAUGGGGGCAUUCAUGGGACCAUCCUUCAGGGUGGGAUGGGGUCCUGGCUGGAAAUUGGUUCAUGCAGGCUCACGGCUUGCUCCAGCUGCUAUGGAAGAUGACGAUGAUGAUGGCAAUGGUUCCUCGGAGGUGAUGGGAAAUCAACCUGGACCUGCUUCCUUCCUUUUUAUGGGAUCUCUAGCUGCCCAACCUAAAACUGCUCCUAGUUCUGACUCUCCAAGAUACAACUUGAUAGUGGAGAAAUUGCAUACAGUCCAUCCACACCCUCAUGCAUUCAAUCACCUCACUGAAGCCAAUUUUGAAUGUGUGUUGGAACAUAGUGUUUUGGUUAUUGAUGAGAUAAGUGACUCCAAAGAACCCAAGUGCCCCCUUUUCCGGCCAGUAAAGGAUGUAGAGCUGCUUCAUCAAUUGGCUGAGAAUGCUGCAUCAUUUGGUCAGGAAGAUUCUACCAUAUCUGAUAUAUUCAAUCUGUGUGUGGCACUCUGGGGAAGAUUAGACUUUAAUCCUCCAGAAUUUGACGAUGAGAAUGAAUACAGUGUGUCCCAAGCACGAGUGGAAGCUGUGAGUCGGUGGUUAGAGUCAGUGAGUUUCUUAACUGUCCAGGAGGAAGUCGCCAAUGCUCUGUGCGAAGACCAGAACAAGGAAGCUUACUUGGAUGCAGUGUUCGCUCAUCUGACUGCUCGACAAAUAUCUGAGGCCUGUGUUCUGGCACAAGAUAAAGGUGACCAUCACUUGGCUCUGUUAUUGGCCCAGGUUUGUCUUGGCCAAGACACACCUCGUCAGAUUCUGGCCCAACAGCUGUCAAAUUGGGCAGAGGGGGAAACUGAUGCCCUGAUGAAUCCAUUCCGGCUGGCACUGUAUGCCCUGCUUGCUGCAGCACCCACCCACCAAGCCUCACACAUUGCUGUCAAUACCUGCCAUAAACUUGACUGGAGACGGGCAUUUGCCAUUCAUCUCUGGUAUGUUUGCCCAGCAACUUCAACCAUAACUGAAGCUCUACAAGAGUAUGAGCAAGCAGCAGGACUGAGAGGAGAUGCACCCAGCUACUGUGAGGCUCCCCUUCCUCCAUACCUGUCAUACCAAGACUUACCCAGUGGCAUGAAAGCGAGUUAUGAUAUCUGCUAUCACUUGCUGAAGCUGUACACUGACCCCAUGCAUCAGUUGGAAGCUCUUCUUAAUCCCGCAACUAUCACGCCAGAUCCUCUCAAUGUUACUGUCAGUUGGCUGCUGUGGCGUGUUUUGGAGAGCCUCAAUUACAACCAUCUUUCACCGCAUCGAAGUGCAAGUCUUCACCUGAGCAUGGCAGCUCUCCUGGAGUCAGCUGGACAGUGGCAUUGGGCCAUCUUUGUUCUUCUCAACAUUAAUGAUGAAGACAGACGGAGUAAAGAAGUUCAAGAGCUGCUACGAUGUCAUGUUGCUGUUGGAGAGGAAGAGGAGUCUGAUCCCAAGUAUGCUUCACGUGAGGAAUUUGUUACCACAAAACUCAGUAUCCCAAAUAAGUGGAUACAUCAAGCAAAGGCAACCAAAGCUCGUUCUCUUAACAUGGUUGAUGAGGAGGCCUGGUACCUGUUGAAAGCUGGUGAAUACAAUCGUGCUCACAUGCUCAUAGUAGAUACUAUUGCACCAAAUUCCAUCAUUAAUGAGGACCAUGAAUAUUUGCUUGGAUUCUUGGACCAGCUGUGUGAUGAUGGUGUACGCAGCACUGUUGUAGACUGGGCCAUUGGUGGUGGUGUGUAUGCAGACUACUUAGAUGUGUGCUCUGUUGUUGAUGACAUGAAGAAGUCUGCUGAUCCCACUCCUGCCAAACUAGAGCAACUUCGGCCACAUCUUCUUGCACUCUGUUCUAGAUUGAAUAAUUUGAAGUGCCAGACUGCCACACACAGGUUGUGUGUGUCGGAAAUGAGUCGCGUAGUGGUCGGGGUGUUGCGGGCAGUGGUGGGAGAAGGUACAGAUGCAACACAGGUACUGUCUCAGCAACUUUCAGGCCUACCUCUCACACAUGACUAUGCACUCAGUGAACUUAACAUGGUCACCACCCACUACCUGGAACAUCUGAAGGCUGAGACGUGAAGAGGAGGAAUCUAUGUUUUGGGUUUCAAAAUAGGCAGAAAACAUAAAAUAAACUUAUGAUCAAUGUGCAUGUCUUUUGAAAAUAAAAUAAAAUAGUUUCACAAACAUUGUGAUAAACUUGGGCUACAAAAUUAAACAUAUAUUAUGUUAGGAUGCUCACUACAUGCAAAUAUUGAAAUAUUUAGUUCCUUAUAAAAAAAAAACUUAUUGGCAUUUACAAAUACAGUACUUGCAUCGAUGAUGUUCACUGCUUACAAUUAACAAAGAACACUGUGCUGGUAACAAGGCAGGGAAAUGAAACGAUUUGAAGGAUGACAUUUACUGAAGUGUUCACUACAGUGCUUGAUAUGAACAGAGGUCUCAGUGUGUGUUCAUUUUGAUCUGUCAUGAUAACAGUGUAACUGGAUGUAUGGGUGUACUGGUAUAUGUUUACAGUGAGUGUGGAAUGGUUUAGCAGUCAGAUGAUGCAUUAAAUACUGAUAGGGGUUUUGUGAAACUACACCUCUUAAUCUUUAUACUGUAUUUGUGUAUAUGUAUAUUAUUUGUAAUAUUAAUUUUAAUGUUACUGCUGUACAAGUAGAUACUGCUGUCACAUAUCUAUUUUUAAUAAGGGAAAUAAAUAUAAAUUUUUAAGAUAGAAAAUUUCCAAAACAUUGUAGCUAAACUACAGGUUAAUGUACCUACUUUUUUAAUGGCUGUUGAAGUCAAAGUUGAUGGCUGUAAAAUAGUAAAUGGUGUAAUCAUCACUUAGUAAUAGAAUUAAGAAUGUAUUUAGGUUAAUUGUCAUACUUUGUUCUAAAGUUUAUGAAAAUUUUUGUCAGUAUCAGAAUUUAUGCUUACAAAACAUCACGUCAGAGAGAGAGAGAGAGAGAGAGAGAGAGAGAGAGAGAGAGAGAGAGAGAGAGAGAGAGAUGAGCUCCUGACCUGAAUGCUGCAGUUGGAUAAGGCUGGCAGAGUGAUGUUUUCUAUGAUAGGUAUUUCAUUUCUGCCAAGGUAUAAGACUAGUUAGCAUCUCUCUCAAAGGUUGCUAAGGAUGCAAUUUUAAGUUAAUGGGCUCUAUUUUUCAAGUUAGGUAAAACCAAAAUUUGGGUUUAAUUUCAGAUUUGUCCAUUAUUAACUACUACACGUUAAGAUUUUUUGGGGAUGGAAGUUAUAAUUUUAUGAUUUUUUAUUUUUAUUUUCUUAUCAUUAGUCUUUCUAUCUUUUUCCCAACUAAUGUAGGGGGGCUGGAAAUGAGCAAGUACUGUUCACACACACACACACACACACACACACACACACACAUACAUAUAUUUUUAUACAUACAUACAUACAUUCAUUCACGUUUUCUCUUCAUUCAUUAUCUUUCAAUCAUUCAUCCUUACUGCUGCAAAAGAUGUGUUCUUCUAUAGUAAUCCCCCUUCCACAACAAGGCCCCCAAAUCAAGAUUUCCACGUGUUGUUUCACACAAGCAGCACAUCCUUCCCCUUAAAUUACUUUUCAACAAACUCGGCUACUUCUAAGAUAUUUUAUUCUUGUGUCAGACAUAGUAUUUACUCGCACUUUUAGACCAGAAAGACACAAAAUGUCAUGUUUGUGAAUAAUAAAUUUGUUGACAAAUAAAAAAAGCUUGUUUGUGAAGUAUGAAUCUACAAUAUAGAGUAUACAGAUGAACAAAUGUACAGUAUUCACACAUGGUGCCAACCUGUCAUAUUUUGAUUAAUGAUUUUGAUUUUCUACCACCGUGAUGGUAGGUCGAGCUUGUUACAGAGAAACUCAACAUACAUCAAGGGCAAGAGUACACAGCCUGCUGUUGGUUCUUUUCUUUUAUAAAUCUUUAAUGUAUUAUAUGUUUACUGUACUGUACAUCUCUUAUUCAUAUGGUUAUGUUCAGUCUGAGCUAUGAUGAUUAGUUUUACUGAUUAAGCUACAUUUGAGUCUUAGUGAUCUUGCAAAUAUCUCCAAUAUCUGUUUGGUGCUUUUCUAAUAUCCCUUUGAAGUACGAAUGCACGGUGUAAUAAUUCUUUUAUUUAUCUAUGGGAAGGAAGCUCAUGGUAAAUUUAUUAAUCUUACCGGUAUAAAUUUUUUCUUUAUAUUUGGAGAGAAAUCUUAGUUUGUUUUAUAUACCUAGUUUAUUUUGAUCAACAGUAGUUUAUUAUAGAUUCAUAAGUAUUUUGUGCAGCUCAGAAUAGUUUUUUCUGUCCUUCACAAGAUGCAUAAUAUAUGGCAAGAUUAAUAAACAUCGUAGGAAUGUUACACUGUCUUGUCAUUAAGAAAAUAGACAGAUUGCUUAUUGCUGUAGUUACUGGUAGUAUAGAGUAACCUUUUGAUAUUUGUCUUCGUUAUUCUCCAUGUUAGUUACAUUAUGUGAAUCAACUGUAAAGUGUUAAAAUCUUCUUUUUUUUUGUAAAUUUACUUUUUCAGUAUAUUGAGAUAUUUGAGAUGAAUAAAAGCAGUGAAUAUU